ACAAUUGUAGUGACGUCAUAGUAUAAUAUUCAUUAUGACGUCACUCACCAUUGCCAAAUAUCUUGACGAUAGCGAAAAUGCAUACAUUAGUCAGGGAUAAAAUCUUUGAAGGUAAAUGUCACCUUUGAGAUGGGCGAGGAGGCGCGUCUCCAGAAGUUGUUAAUGUCGGACGAAUACUCAGAACUUGAGGACAACGUUCUCGUAGAGGGGAUUUUCAUUGAGCUAGACAAACGUGGGGAUCCAUUGAGACAGGUAUUACUGGGACUAACCCGGGACAGCUUCGUCGUCGCUAAGGACGUGAUCAAAGAUUACAGGAAGUUCCCGUCCGUCAAGUAUGACGCGGACGUCGAUCUAGAUAUCAGUGAUUUGGAAAUGGACUGGAUUAUCCCUCUAUGCUACCUAAAAAUCACUCGAGUUCCGAAUGAACGUGUGCUCAAUAUUCUAUCUCAAAAUGGCCGUCACCGAUAUUACAUGAUGUCAAAUAUCGGCGGGAACGUGAAGAAAAAAUGGAGCACAUGGACGGAGCGAGUCAAGUAUAUACAUGACGAUCCGUAUGGUUAUAUAAAACAGCUUUAUAACCAGUGGAACGAGCAUUUCGAGCUGUUUGACUUAGAAGAUGUAAACAAGGGUAAAAAUGGUAGUAAAACCUCAGUAUUAGGUAGUACCGGGAAUCUGGCGCAAUCCCAGAACAGUAAGCGACGUACGCGUGCUAAAAGUAUCGUCCCGGAAACCUGGCAUGAAAUAUUGGGUAUAAAGACAAGCGCCAAGAACCUGGAGGUACCACAGUCCACAGGCGGAAUACAUGGGGACACCGGCGCUAAAUCCAAAACAAAAUACGCAUUAGAUACCAAGGCGAAAAAGAAAAGGAAGAAACUUCGAUUUAAGUAUUCUACAAAACGUAAAACUUGUAGCUGUUUUGGCUAAAUACAUCACGUAUUCAUUCA